AGCGUCUGAUUGGCUGCUUUCUCUGACAGGGUGGCGCUCUAACUUCCUGUUCCUGUACAGGCAGCUUCUGAUUGGCUGAGACCAUCCGGGGCUUCGUCUCCAGCCUCCUGAGAGAGAGAGAGACAUGCCGUCCAACAGAAGCGUGUCUGAUGCUCCGAUCCGCCGCUUCGUCAACUGCAGAAUCCUGAGAGGGCACGCGCUGCAGAGGUACCGGCAAGGUCAAAGGUCACGCUCUGGAGGGAGAGCUAUGAUGCCCUCAGAAAGCUGCAGUUAUUUAACAUAUUAUGGGAUAGUUGGGGACCCUUUGGAUGGAGGUCAUUCCAGGCUGAUGCUGGACUGUCUGUUCUAUUCAGUUCAUUUCGACAGCUCUGAUCUAGGUGUACUUUCUAUGUCAGAAGAUAGAGGCUAUGGCGUGGACUUCUCUCAGCCCUCUGAUGACGUCUCUGCUGGAGUGUCCCUAGUGGCCAAGAAGGUCCUGGAGCACGGCGUGACCUCCUUCUGUCCCACCCUGGUGACGUCGCCGUCUGCCGUCUACCAUAAGGUUCUGCCUCAGGUUCAGGUUCACGAUGGAGGAAAACAUGGAGCUGGAGUUCUGGGGUUCCACCUGGAGGGUCCGUUCAUCAGCGCUGAGAAGAAAGGGGCCCACCCGGAGCGGUACCUGCGGACCUUUGGUUCUGGAGGGAUGGAGGACCUGAUGGAGGCCUACGGCAGCCUAGAGAAUGUCGCCAUGGUGACGCUGGCUCCAGAGCUGCCCAACAGCCAAUCGGUGGUCAGGAAGCUCCACCAGCAGGGCGUGACUGUGUCUUUAGGUCAUUCGGUGGCCAACCUGUCGCAGGCUGAGGACGCCGUCCAGAAUGGAGCCUCCUUCAUCACGCAUCUCUUCAACGCCAUGUUGCCUUUCCACCACCGUGACCCGGGCAUCGUGGGACUCCUGACCAGCGACCGCAUCCCAGCAGGAAGGACGGUGUUCUACGGGAUGAUCGCAGACGGGAUUCACACCAACCCGGCCGCCCUGCGGAUCGCCCACAGGGCGCAUCCAUCAGGUUCUGACCCACCGGGCUCCGGCGGGCCCGGAUCACCGAGCAUAGAAACAUCGCUGCAUGUCUUGAUGUUAGUUGCUGCUUAUUAGUCCUCUCCAUGUCCGGUUUGUGUUCCAGGCACUAAGACGCUCAGCGGCAGCAUAGCCACCAUGGAUAUGUGUGUGCGGCACUUCAGACAGGCUUCAGGCUGCAGUGUGGAAGAAGCUCUGGAAGCUGCCUCCCUCCACCCAGCUCAGCUGCUGGGCAUCAGCCACAGGAAGGGGAACUUGGACUACGGCGCCGAUGCAG